CGCUUUAUUUGCGGUUGUUGCAUUCCGUUUUGGUUUUUUUCCGUGUUAUUUUGUGUUUUUUGCCCCGAGCGAGGCAACAACAAAUGUGUGUUUUUAUGUCAUUUAAUAAUAAUGUAACUAAUAUGUUCUAGUGCAAGUAUAUACGUGUAAUUAAAGUGCAAGUUAAUCAGUAUUCUCGCGUAUUACGCUUACGUUUUGUAUGUCAUUCCGUUUUUUGUGUGUUCGUGUUCGUGUGUGUACGUACGCCUUUCGUAUUCGUUUUGUAUUUAGUAAGUAGGUGUGUGGGAGACAACUUCACCUUAAUUCAGCGUCAGCGUAUACGUGAAGCAAUGAAAUAAACCAUUGCAAAUAACAAGAGAAGCACCUCAAUCGCUCCUGUGUACUUGAAACUUCCAGGAGGGCGGCAUUAUAUUGUCCGGAAUAAGUGAAGUAACAACCGAAAAUUUCAGUAGAGGUGACACCUAAAAAAUCAAAAUAAAACUCGGGACGACUGACGCUGCUGCUGUGAGGAUAAUAUGUCAAACCAGGGCCAGACCGACUACGACAGACAGUUCCAGGAUGACUUGGCCAAGGCGACAGCACUGAGCUUGGAGCAGCAGGCCCUCGACGACUACAGGCGAAAUAAAAAGUACGGCACUGGCUACCAUUCGGGGGUACCCAGCGGCGUCGCUGCGCGGGAUUACUAUGCCCAGCAGCGUAGUCAGAGCGUCACCCAGCGCCGACACUCGGAGGUGCAUACGACGGCAGCCGCGGCCAGCAAUGUGGAACGUUCUCGCACUCCGCCGGCGCAGGUAUCCGCCAAUGACCUCAUCUGCUUUGCGAGUCCCACUAGCAAGCAGCCCGAGAGCGGUACCACCUUCGAGAGGCUGAUCGAGGAUCUGCAGCGGAUGCAGCCACCCAAUCCGCACUCGCAGGCGCUGGUGCCAGUGGGGCAGGCAGCUGCUGCGGUGCCUGCGCAAUACGGCUACCCCCAGCCACAGCCCUUGCCGCAUCAUCAGGCUCAGACCCAACCGCCGCCGUAUGGAAUCGUGGGAACAGCUGGCGGCAUGCAACUGGUGCCGUAUCAGAACGCGUCUCAGGCACAACAGCGGCCACUGAGCAACGAGGAGCUGCAGAGGCUCUACAGCAUGCCCAACCAGAUGGCCGUGCAGCCGGUGCAGGCGGUGCCCACCGCUUACCUCUAUUAUCCCGGAGCUGUUGUAGCGCCCUACACGGCUCCCAUAGUGCCUGGCUCGGCAGCAUUUAUGCCGCCGCAGUAUCCACAGUCGCAUGGCUUCGGUUUUGGGCCUGUGUACGCGGGAGCGAGCACCCACAUGGAUUUGGGGCGUCCGCAGUCCACGCCAGUCCCCACAGCGACCAGCAUUAGCAGCCACCAUCCGUCCAGUAAUCCUGUCGCUCACGAGGCCAAUGGCGUGAACAUUCAGCCCCGACGCCAAGUGCCUUUGGGUGCCAGCGCCAGUACCAGCAACAGCAUCAGCUCCAACGGUCAACCGCAGCCUCCCAAACGCACUGGUAACGAUUUGAUAGACCUCAACCAAGAGGACUACUCCCGUGUGAGUGUACUGGAGGCAUUCGAUCCCCUGCUAAAUGAGAACACUGGAAACGACAGUGCCUCGGACAGCACCUCGUACUAUGCGGAGUACGAUCCAUUCGACUUCCUGUACAGCGGCGAUGGCGGCACCCAGUACUCGGAUCCCAUGUACGAGGCGGUCAACAGGUGGGACAAGAGCGCAGCAACCGCCAGUCCGAAUGUUAGUCUCAUUGGCUGGCGGCAAGAUUAUCUGGCACAGCCCUCAACAUCGUCGGCGGCGGCGGCUGCGGCGUCGUGUCAGGUGGAGGCUCCCGUGGAAGAGCGCCUGCGUCUGUCCGAAAAUGGAUCGGGCAGUGUGUCGCCGCCUCCACCUCUGCCGCCGCGAAACCAGCAGCUGUACGAGUCGGCCCAGGUCCCGGCAGCGUUGACGGCGACCAAGCCGUCCCAAUACCAGCCCACGGUCCUGACAGACAGCUACACAUCCAGCAUACCGGCCCGCGUGGUGCUCGACCGACGGAAAACAUGCACUCGGCUGUACGAGCUGAUCAGCGACCAGCGCACGCACGAUCCCGAGAUGCUGGAGUUCUAUAACAUGGUUAAGCAGCUGCGGUCGCGCUACCCCCACGACGAUGCGCCCACAAACGUGGGGCAUGUGGUGGCGGCAGAGUUCAACUACCACUACAUGAUGGACACCAGCAUCAAGGUGAUUGUGCAUCCGGCACUGAACACACUCCAGCAGCAUGCCCUGUCCACUUCGGCAGCCGGGGAGCAGGUCAAGGGCUAUGGCACACCGGUGACGUUUACCUGCGACAUUGACUCCGUGGUGGCGCAGGUUGUGGCCCAGGCGCUGGCCUCGCUGGAGGGUCAGGUGAAGGGCAGUGUUACCGACUAUGUCGUCAAGCCCAUUGGUCUGCUGGAGUGGCUGGCGCCCACCUCGCGGCUGAGCCAACUGGAGAGUGUGCACAAUAGCUUUCAGCUGGAGAAGGAUGUCCACCUGGGUCUCUGCCUGAGCACGGCCUCCAACAUGCAGGCCAUAGCGCGUUCCGAGCGCGAUGACAUUAACGAUGCGGACCUGCAGCCAGAGCAACUGUUUCCCAACGAGGUGGUGCCCAUUGUCACCUACGACAACAUGAUGAUACUCAUCGAGACGCUCGAAAUGGAGAUCGACAAGCUGGAGUCGGCCGCCGACUCCCCCGCACCUGCUUCCGGGCGUAGUGUCGUGAGUUGCUCGGGCGUGGUGCAGGCGGUGAAAGCCAUAUGCGCCCUGCUCGGAUCCAUCGACACCAUGGACAUUGCCCGAUGUGUGGCCGAUCUGAAGCGCGUCUGCGAGGAGGCCCAGACAAAGUAUGCGGCUGGUUCGGGUGCCAGCAAUCCGGAGAUUGUAAGCGACUACGGCGACUAUGCCCAGGUGACAAUGCGGCCGCGCUCGCUGCUCGAACAGAUCAAGGUCAAGUGCAAUGGCCUGCGCGAUGCUGUGCAGGAGCUGGUCGAGCUCUAUGCGAAUGUCUUUCGUGUGGCGUUCUCCGUCAAGUCGCUGGACUAUGCCACAACACCCAUUCCCAUUUCGUGCGUGUCAAAGCCAAUUGUGGUGAGCAUCAACUGUCUGCACAGGCCCCCACCCAACUGGAAGUUCGAGGAUUACUCGCUGUGCGUGCAGCUGGUCUAUGGAACGCGUCUGCUGUCCAAACCGAAUGUCCUGAGCUGCUCGAACGACACCAGUGGGGGCCUGUUUCCGCGCCUCAACUUCAGCGCCUGGCUGACCUUCGAACAGCAUCCCAUAUGCACGCUGCCGCGCGAGGCCCGCGUCACGUUUGUGCUCUAUGGCAAGCAGGCGGCCAGCGAUAAUGAGCCCAAUUCGGAGCCGAAUGGCGAGCGGCGGCAGGUGACCACCGAACUGGGCUGGUGCUCCAUACAGUUGUUCGACUUCAAGCGGGCAAUGAUCUGCGGCCCCUAUCUGCUGUCCGUGUGGCCACCAACCACGGACAAAAUGCUGGGCCCGGCCCCAGCACGCGGCUGUCAUCCACAUCCCGACUUUUGUCCAGUUCUAAGCAUCGAGGUUCCGCCCUACGGAGGGCGCAUCGAGUUCCCAGAGCAUCAGGAGGUGCCCAAGCCUGCCCCACACUACGACUUUGCCUCGCUGGAUGCCAACCUGCAGGAGGAGCUGCUGGACACGGCCGAGCUGGGCUACACCGGGGCCACUGAGCGACGCGAAGUAUUCUGGGAGAAGCGUCUGUAUCUGCAGAACUAUCCCAAUGCACUGCCCAAGGUCCUGCAUGCGGCGCACAGCUGGGACUAUGCGAAUCUGAUAGAUCUGCACGCCCUGCUGCACUCGUGGUCGCCGCUGUCGCCGCUGCAGGCGCUCGAGCUGCUGCUGCCACGCUAUCCGGAUGCCAAGGUACGCGAGAAGGCCGUCGAAUGGAUCUCGAAAAUGCCCAACGAUCAGCUGGUGGACUUUCUGCCGCAGCUGGUUCAGUCCCUGAAGCAUGACACCUACGAGGGCUCAGCCAUGGCACGUUUCCUGCUGGCCAAGUGCCUGGAGUCGCCGCGAUUCGCCCAUCACAUGUACUGGCUGCUGGUGCACAGCCUGCCGGACGAUCCACACAACUCGAUUGGGGCGGCCAUGGUGGACCAGGAGUACGACGAGUGCCAGAUAACCCAGGCGCGCUACUACCGCCGCAGCAAGAUGAUGCUGCGCGCCCUAAUGGCCAUCUGUGGCGAGAAGAUGCUGCAGCGCUUUAUGUACCAGCAUCGCAUGUGUCAGAAACUGACAACGAUAGCGGAGUCUGUGAAGGAGUCCAAAGAGUCGAUGCGGCAAAAGAGUCUGGCUGCUGGCAUGGACGAGGUGCAUCAGGAUCUGCUGGAGAAGCCCACCUGUCUGCCGCUGGGACCAGAGCUGGAGGUGACGGGCGUCAGUGUGCGCAACUGCAGCUAUUUCAACUCCAACACACUGCCGCUCAAGAUCACCUUCGUGGGACCCGAUGCCGAGUCGUUGCCAGCCAUUUUUAAGUGUGGUGAUGAUCUGCAGCAGGAUCAGCUUACCAUUCAGCUGAUUCGCAUCAUGGACAAAAUGUGGCUGGCCGAGCGACUCGACCUGAAGAUGGUCACGUUCAACUGUGUGCCGACGGGCUACAAGAGCGGCAUGAUCGAGCUCGUCUCCGAGGCCGAAACGUUGCGCAAAAUCCAAGUGGAGUGCGGCUUGACGGGCUCGUUUAAGGAUCGCCCCAUAGCCGAAUGGCUGGGCAAGCAGAAUCCCAGUCCGCUGGAGUAUCAGAGUGCUGUGCGCAAUUUCACACUAUCCUGCGCCGGCUACAGCGUCGCCACCUAUGUGCUCGGCAUCUGUGACAGGCACAACGACAACAUUAUGCUGAAAACCUCGGGACAUCUGUUUCACAUUGAUUUUGGUAAAUUCCUCGGCGAUGCACAGAUGUUUGGCAACUUCAAGAGAGAUCGUACGCCGUUUGUGCUCACCUCGGACAUGGCGUACGUGAUAAAUGGCGGGGACAAGCCCUCCACCGAUUUCCACUACUUUGUGGAUCUCUGCUGUCGCGCCUUUAAUAUUGUGCGCAAGAAUGCGGAUCUGCUGCUGCACACGCUGGCCCACAUGGCCACCGCCGGCAUGCCUGGUGUCAACUCCAAUGCCGUUACCUAUGUGCGGCGCGCCCUGCUGCCAACGCAAUCGAAUCCCGAGGCGGCUGCCACUUUCGCCAAGAUGAUCCAGUCCUCGCUGAAGAGCUGGUUCACCCAGUUCAAUUUCUUUCUGCACAACCUCGCCCAGAUGCGCUUCACUGCCGACGAGGGCACCGGCGAGCUGCUCUCCUUCGUGCCACGCAAAUAUACCAUGCAGCAGGAUGGUCGCUUGAAGAUUGUCAAGGUGGUGCGCUUCCAGAAGCACUACAGCAUGGAGAAGUUCUACAUGUACAUACUGCAAGUGACGCGACACGGACAGCCGGAUCCCACUCACUUGUUCCGCUCCUAUCGCGAGUUCACCGAGUUCCAUCAGAAGCUGUGCAUGCACUUUCCACUGGUCAAACUUCACAGUCUACCGGCUGGCGUGCAUGUGGGUCGCUCCAACAUCAAGUCUGUGGCUGAAAAACGUCUACCUCUGAUACAGCACUUUCUGAAAUCGCUGUUCGAUGCCGCCGAGGAAAUUGCGCACUCUGAUCUGGUGUACACGUUUUUCCAUCCUCUGUUGCGUGAUCAGCAGGAGGCCAAGCUGGAGAUGCCCAAGAUGAAGGAGGACAAGCGAAAGCCGUCGCGUGAUAACCCCAAUGAGAUUGGUCAAAUCCGACUAUCGCUGCAAUAUAACCGCGGCGUACUUACUGUGAUGAUACACCACGCCAAAGGGCUGCCCUUGAUACAGGGCGGUCAGGAGCCCAACACAUAUGUGAAAUGCUACCUAAAACCGGACCCCAAAAAGGAGACCAAACGCAAGACCAAAGUUGUGCGCAAGACCUGUGUUCCCAGUUUCAUGGAAACGCUGGAGUACCGCAUGCCACUCAAUAUUAUUCAGGAGCGUCGACUGCAGGUCACUAUCUGGACACAUGAUACGCUGCAGGAGAACGAACUGCUCGGCGGUUUCGAGUUGGAUCUGUCCAAGCACGAUCUGCGGCAGGAGCUGUGCGAUUGGCACCGCCUGCGAUCGGUGCCGAGAAAUGGAUGAUAGAAUGAGAAUUAAGGAUAAGAGGACAGCUCACCGCCUGCUUACCGACAAUCUGGCCUAGGAAUAAAGCAAUACUAAUUUACACGUUUUUGUCUUCUUUUGAACACAAUAAUACUUACACACAUACUCGAAGUGAUUGUACAUUCCAACAUUUAUAUUAUAUACAAUUGAACUAAAGUCCAGUAGAUUCUGUGUUAUUUCUUUUUCUUUUUGUUCAAAUUGUGCCUCACACUCGUAUUUUUAUUCCUCCCCACUCAUACACAAACAUUCUUUAAAUCUUUAACUGAUUCACUUUGGCUCCAGCUAUUCUUUAAUGAAAUACUGUGUGGGAGAGAAGAGUAAGAGCAAGAGUAUGUUAGGUCUCUAGGAAUAUCUCUGGAUAUCUGUUCAAUUUUUAUCUUUUCCAUUAGUCAGCGGUUGGCCUGUUUGUUCAGAGUAUUUGCAGUAUUAUACAGAUGUAUCCCAACAAUUUGAGGGACUUUUAAAAUAUACAGAGGAUUAGCAUGAGAGAUUUGACUCAAGGAGUCAUUUAAAACAAACCCGUAACAUCUAAGAAAUGUCAUGUUCUCCGGCUCUAGGUUCAUUUGUACGAAUUAGACGAAUUUAAUUUCUCUCCAGGGAUUCUCUUUUUCGUUUCUGUACGACAAAAAUUACUUUGUGUCUGUGGCAGCACCCGCUGUCAGUUAUUUGGGGUAAACUCUCGACACUUAAUACUUACAACAAAUUUACAAGCAAAGCAAAUAAAUAGCGAAUAUUGGAACUGUCGUCGGAGAGACCAAGUACUAAAAGUGUCUUAACAAAUUAAAAAGAUUAUUGUAAAAUGUUUAGAUGUAUUUGUCUAGGAACUUACACAGUGAAAUCGACAGAUACUAUUUUUAUAUCUAUGGAAAUUUAAAAACUACAUCUACCUGCGUAUUUUUAACGAAAAUCAAAACUUAUUAACGACAUACAUACAUACAUAUUAAUUGAUAAGCGA